UGAAAGCGACGUUUAAGAUGAAAAUAUUAAUAAAAAAGCAAAAAAAAAAAAAUCCCUCUCUUCUCUUUAUUUCUCGCUCUCUUUCUUUCUCUCUAUUAUUUCCCUAACGGUGAUUUUCUCUUGGUGGUGUGGUGUUGCUUGUUCUUUUUUUUAAUCACACUAUCUCAUCUUCACAGAUUUUUCCUCUUGUUGAUCUUCACCCAACUGCAAUCAUGAGUGAUGAGGGAGAAAAGACUUGCCCCCUUUGCGCCGAGGAGAUGGAUUUGACUGAUCAGCAGCUCAAGCCUUGCAAAUGUGGUUACGAGAUAUGUGUUUGGUGUUGGCAUCACAUAAUGGAAAUGGCUGAGAAGGAUGAGACAGAGGGGAAAUGUCCAGCAUGUCGUUGUGCUUAUGACAAAGACAGGAUUGUAGGGAUGGCUGCUAAUUGUGAGAGGUUGGUUGCUGAAAUUAAUUCGGAGAGAAAAAGUAAGUCAACAAAGGCAAAGACUAAAUCAUCUGAAGGAAGGAGGCAACUGAGCAGUGUGCGGGUUAUUCAAAAGAAUCUUGUUUACAUAGUUGGGUUGCCACUUAAUCUGGGAGAUGAAGAUCUUCUCCAACAGCGAGAAUAUUUUGGUCAAUAUGGAAAAGUUUUGAAAGUAUCUAUGUCUCGGACUGCAGCUGGUGUCAUUCAGCAAUUUCCAAAUAAUACAUGUAGUGUAUAUAUUACUUAUUCAAAAGAAGAAGAAGCAAUUCGUUGUAUCCGGUCUAUACAUGGAUUUGUUUUGGAGGGUAGACCAUUAAAGGCUUGCUUUGGUACAACAAAGUAUUGUCAUGCAUGGCUGAGAAAUGUGCCUUGCAACAAUCCUGAUUGUCUAUAUUUGCAUGAGAUUGGUUCUCAAGAGGAUAGUUUCACAAAAGAUGAGAUUAUAUCGGCAUACACAAGGGUUCAACAGAUAACUGGUGCAACAAACAAUAUGCAGUGGCGUGCUGGGAAUAUGUUACCUCUGCCGGUGGAUGAUUAUUGCCCCACCCCCAGUUCUGCUUCUGCAGCAAAACCCAUUGCUAAAAAUGCUCCAAAUAAUACAACAGUGUGCAUUCCUAAAGGUUCUCCGCCAAAUGGAAGCACUGGAAGAUCUGUUGCUCUUCCUGCUGGAGCGUCAUGGGGAAUGCGUGCUUUAAACCAUCCUCAAACAGCUGGUUUAGCGUCAUCAAAUGGACCGUCUAAGCAGAAAUCUGAUAUGGUUAGAAGCGCAUUACCAUUUUCAUCUGCACUAACAAACACAAAUCAGAAUUACCCAGUACAUGGAGAUGUUAUAAAGAAGUCAUCUGAGGAGAUUCAUGAUAUGCAAAUGAAGGGUAAACAGCAGAAUGCUGAUUUGGAUUGUCAAACAACUGUUCUAGAGAAACCAACUACACUUGGUAUAGUUUCCGCUUCUAAGUCAUUGAGCUGCCAGUUAUCUUGUCCACCAGUGUUCAAUCAUUACGAACAGGGAAUUAAUAUGCCAUCAACUGUUACAAACACCACCUUUUGCCAUGCGGAGCAGUCUUUUAUUUCUUCUAGUGAAAAACCAGGAUGUACUGGCUCUAUUGAUGGGAAGAUACACAGCUUGUUCUCUGAUAUGCAGAAGUUGACAGUAGAUAGGAAUGUCUAUGGUGGACCAUCUGAUGUACUUAGACCAAGCAGUGCAGAUUCUGAUCAUGGAUCGAGCGGCUCACCUAGUAAUCAGUGCUUACAACAAUGUUAUACUGAGGAUUACCGAGAACCUUUAAGUUCACUAGCCAUUGGGAGAACUGUGACGUCUCCCAGUGGGUUCUGUGUUUCUAAACAGCAGUUUGAUUGGAUAAAUGAUAGACAAACUCAACCAGUGGCUAAUAGAAGCUCUGAAGUGGAGGAAGACAUAUUGUCUUUUGAUAAUCAAAGACUCAACGAUCCAGAAGUAAUUAGCCGUUCAAGUUAUGUUCCAAAUUCACCAAUAUCACUUCAUUUAUCAAACCAAUCUAGGUCCCAUUCGUUUCAACGUGGUGCUGUUAAUUUGGAUGCUGAUGCAUUCAAUGUAGACAAUAAAGUUAGUGACAGUUUGCAUCUUCAUGGAUCAAGUGUUUCUUCUUUAUCAAAUGGAUACCCUGAGAAGUACAUAAGCAGUAGUAUCGGUUCUGAUAUUACCGUAGAUGGGUAUCAUCUGCUUCCAAGUGAGGGGAAAGGGAAGCAGAUUGGAAGAUUCCUUGGUUAUGUUGAGGGCAAUGAUGCUAAAGAAACAGGAGAGAGCAGUAUAAUUUCUAACAUAUUGUCACUAGAUUUUGAUACUUGGGAUGAAUCCUUAGCUUCUCCUCAUAACUGGGCUAAAUUGUUGUGUGACACUGUCAAGCAGCCAAACACUCUCAAAUUAUCUACUUCCUGGAAAGCUCCAAAUAAUGGUCAGUCCAGAUUUUCAUUUGCAAGACAGGAGGAUUCCAAAUAUCAUCCAUUUGAUAUGGAGUCCUCAUUUAGUCUUUUUGGGCAAAUGCCACAGAACCCUUCUAGCCAGGAUUUUGCAGAAAGCACGGAUCUCUAUCAAAAUAAGUUUGGAAUUUCUAAUGGUUUUUCAUCUCAUCACUUUGCGGAAUCUGACUAUGCAAUCAGCAGUCCUUCAGUGUUUUCUUCUAACAAGCUUUCUGCAGUUUCAAGACCUCAAAUUUCAGCCCCUCCUGGUUUCUCUGUUCCUAGCAGGACACCGCCUCCAGGCUUUUCUUCUCAUGAGAGAAUUGACCAUGCCGAUGACACCACAUCUGGAAACAAUUUGGGGGACUGUUCAUCGCUGUUAAGAAAUUCUUAUCAGGCUCUGGCAAGUGGUGGGAUUGGUGGCCCUGGGGAUAUAGAGUUUAUGGAUCAUGCUAUUUUAGCAGUUGGUAAGGGUAGACUUCAGGGAGCACUAAACAGUUCAGGCUUAGACAUGAGAUCAAAUUUUCCACCACAGUUGGAUCCCUAUGAAGAUGAGGCCAGAUUUCAACUAUUGAUGCAGAGAUCCCUUUCUCCUAACCAAAACAUGAGAUAUGAUGGUGGGGAUGGCUUUCCUUAUUUUGAAGGGAUUUCUUCUGGGCUAAUGGAUCAAUCACAAGUGAACAAAAUCUACCCAUUUGCUCAGCUGUCGCUCCAAUCAAGAAAUACAAAUGGUCACUGGGAUGGAUGGAAUGAGGUCCAAGGUGGAAACGCUAUUGGUGUUGCUAAGCUCCUCCAAAAUGAGAGACGGGGGUUUAACAAGUUUUAUUCCGGUUAUGAAGAUUCUAAGUACAGGAUGCCCACUUCGGGUGAUCUGUAUAGUAGAACAUUUGGGAUGUGAUUGCUUCCAGAAGUUGGAACGAAGUUGUUGCAUAAUUGGCAUUUCUUUGCUAAUAAGAAUUUUUGUGCAAUCUUGCAUGCAUGCCGAGUCUCCUUCGGCAGCCUCAUGAAGGAUAAAUCUCCUGAAUCCUUGUAACCGCUGACCAAGCCAGAAAAGUUCCAUCUGAAGAAACGUGCAGGUGAAGCGAACUUCCGUUAUAAUCUAAUCUAUAUAUAUAGUUUGAUUGUACCUCAGAAGUAUAAGAUUAAAAAAAGAAAGGGUUUUAACUGGCAGGCAGGUUGAUCCACUCCUGGUGCCUAGUGUUUUGUACUAAAUACCUCCUGAAGUAAAAUUUGGUGGUUGCUUUUGGCUCUGGCAACUUAAAUAGUUCUUUACAUAUUAUUAUUAAUGAAUUUAAUUAAUUAAAUUAAUAGGGAGUUGGUAUGUGUAUUUUACAGUGGCGUUUCGUUGGCAACCUUUGGAAUCCCAAAUCUCGGGUAAGUAUAAUCUUUUUCCUGUUAAUCUGUGAGGGGUGAAGUUCUGUAUAGUAGUGGGCCAAGCUUUGAGGCCGAAUUGGUCAUUGUCUAAACGACAAGGUUACAUAUUUCCCCGAAUCAUUUCGUCUUUUUUCUUUUUGCUCCGUCUCUUAAGAGUCUGUACAGGCAUAUUCUGGAAGCAACAUGGCUCCGUUCAAUCUAUAGAAUAAGAUGAUCGUUUCUGUUCUUUGUUUUUUCUUGCUUUACAAAAUUAUUUAUUUUCUAUUUGGCGACAAUUGUCACUAAAUAAUAAAAUCAAGGAGGAA